AUGAUUCGCGUGUUCAGGUUCGAUCGAUCCCCUGCGAGCGUACGGAGUCGAAUCAAUGAUCCUCCCCUGGACGUGUCUUAUGCAUACCUAGUUAGCGGACGGCGUCGCACAGAAUCCGGGGUGCAGGGCAAGUUGCGCAACCGUCACGGGAGGUUUGCUAGUUAG